UAUAUUCAUUCACGUUUCUCUACUUAUUUAUAUUAGUUAUAAAUAACUCUUUCAAAAAGAUAUUAUUGAGAUCGAUUAAAAUUAAUUUAGAGAUGGUGAGAACACCUUGCCGCGACGAAAAUGGUCGUAAAAAGGGUACUUGGACACCUGAAGAAGAUAGAAAAUUAGCAGCUUAUAUUACUAAAUAUGGAUCAUGGAAUUGGAGACAACUUCCCAAGUAUGCUGGCUUAGCAAGGUGUGGAAAGAGUUGUAGACUUCGAUGGAUGAAUUACUUAAGACCAAAUGUUAAAAGAGGAAACUACACAAAAGAAGAAGAUGAAAUCAUCUUGAACCUCCAUGCUCAACUCGGAAAUAAGUGGUCAGCAAUUGCAAUUCACUUACCAGGAAGAUCAGAUAACGAGAUAAAGAAUCAUUGGCACACAGCACUGAAGAAACGCGCUGAUUAUAACUCAAGUGAAGGAAGCAAGAAAUGCAAUAAGAAGAAGAGUGAAAGUAAUGUUACUAAAAGAAAGAGUAAUGUGGAAAAUCAAAAUGCAAGUGCUAAUAACAAUAAUAAUAAUAUGCAUGAGAAUAUAGUAUUGGAAAGCUCAGAAUGGUCACCAAAUGAGUCAUCAAGUGAAGCAUUAUCCUCUAUUGAUUAUCAACAAGACAUUUUUCAAGAAGAAUUGGCUAAUUUGGAGGAAAUUACAAGUGGAAGUUUUUGGACACAACCAUUUGAAGUGGAUACUAAAAUUGAUUUUGUAGCUCCUUCAAUUGAUUAUUGUGGACUUGUGUGUCCACCUUCUCCUUUUAUACCUCAUGAAUUUCUUUCCUCCUUUGACUUUGAUGAUUGUAAUAAUUAUUGGUAAAAAAAAAAAAAUUCAAAAGAAGUACCUAAUGAUUCAUCCCAAUACAUUCAACUUCUUUUUCGAUGGA